AACACCAUACUAUUCGUCCACAUCCGCAGAGCUCCCUCUUGCCCUCUCGCACCUCCACCCCCGCCACCGGUAUCAGCAUUCCCUUGUCAACAUGUCCGACCCGCGCGAGACCUGGGCAGCCCUGCAAAGGAGGCUGGUACAAGCCCAGCAGCAAGGCCAACGUUUCGGAGGCGGCGGUCAGCCACCAAAGGCCCUGGGUGGCCUGGUUGGUCUCGUCCUUCUUGGUGGCGGUGUUAUGCUGGCCAGCAAUUCUCUUUUCAACGUCGACGGUGGUCACCGCGCGAUCAAGUACACGAGAAUAGGUGGUGUUGGCAAGGAAAUCUACAGUGAAGGCACCCACAUCCGCAUUCCGUGGUUCGAGACGCCCAUCACCUACGAUGUCCGCGCAAAGCCCCGCAACGUCGCCUCCCUUACCGGAACCAAGGACUUGCAGAUGGUCAACAUCACCUGCCGUGUCCUGUCCCGUCCCCGCGUCGAUGCCCUUCCCCAGAUCUACCGGACACUCGGCACCGACUACGACGAGCGUGUCCUGCCCUCCAUUGUCAACGAGGUGCUGAAGAGCGUUGUCGCGCAGUUCAAUGCCAGCCAGCUUAUCACUCAGCGUGAGAAUGUCAGUCGGCUGGUGCGCGACAACCUGGUGCGGAGAGCGGCGCGGUUCAACAUCAUGCUGGACGACGUGUCGUUGACGCACCUCGCCUUCUCGCCCGAAUUCACUGCUGCCGUCGAGGCCAAGCAGGUGGCGCAGCAGGAAGCCCAGCGCGCCGCCUUCGUCGUUGACAAGGCCCGCCAAGAGAAGCAGGCCGCCAUUGUCCGCGCGCAGGGUGAGGCCCGGUCCGCGGAGCUCAUUGGUGAUGCCAUCAAGAAGUCGCGCAGCUACGUCGACCUGAAGGAGUUCGACAACGCCAGGCAAGUCGCCGGCAUUCUGCAGAAGAGCAACAACAGGAUGUACCUCGAUGCGAGCGGCCUGGGCUUGAACAUCAGCCAGACUGGCCAGGAGAAGAACGGCAAAUAGAUGUGGACAUGAGCAUAUGUGGCUGCUGAGGGUAAUGGGACUGGUGGUAUGAAAGGCAUUUUAAAGUUUAAAUGUGUAAAAACGGGCGCAAACCGCCGUGGUGUUGUCUAGCGAGGGUAUGAUUUUCUGGUUGGGACACAUUCCGCUCUUGUCCAAAUAUAUCCUUGGAUGACAUUCCCUUCAGAUGUGUGACGAUGAGCCGCGGCAUCCAACCGUAUCAUGCCGGGGAUAGAUUUAAAGAAAAGUGCAACGUUACGCCACUUCACCACUUCCACACACAAAGCAAUC